UUGUUUUCCAGGCACCCCCUGGCCACCUUUUUCCACCUGUUUUUCCGAGGGAGUGCUAUUGUUACCUACUUGUUCUGUGACUGGUUCAGCAACAGCUUUGUUGCCUGUUUUGUCACUAUUCUCCUUCUUCUAUCCUUUGACUUUUGGUCAGUGAAGAAUGUGACCGGAAGACUCUUGGUUGGGUUACGUUGGCGGAACCAAAUUGAUGAAGAUGGGAAAAGCCACUGGGUAUUUGAAGCAAAAGAGGUAUCUACAGUAGCUGCCUCUAGUGAAGUUGAAGCUCAGAUCUUUUGGCUUGGUCUCAUUAUAUGCCCAGUUAUUUGGACAGUGUUUUUCUUCAGCACCUUGUUUUCCUUGAAGCUGAAAUGGCUGGCUCUCGUUAUAGCUGGAAUCUCACUUCAGACUGCUAAUUUAUAUGGAUACAUCCACUGUAAAUUAGGGGGACAAAAAAGCAUCAGCAGAACAACUUCUUUUGUUUCAGCACAUGGCUCCACGAGUAAGUACUAAACUGGCUUGUCCCUUACAGCCCAUAAAAUACCAUACCGCCCUG